AUGAGGAGGAAGUCAAUUUCAAUAUACCCAGUUCGAGGACAGAGCGAUGAUAGGAGGUAUUAUACUCUCACUUUCCACAAGCGUCACUGGGAUCUCAUCUCUGGGCCUUACCUGAAUUAUGUGCUAAGAGAGGGUAAAGCGCUCAAAGACAGAAACAGGCAGAAGAAGCUUUAUACCAAUAAGGAGGGCGAGUGGAACUGGGUAGCGUUUGAGCACCCUGCAACGUUCGAGACACUGGCGCUGGAGCCCGAGAAGAAGGAGGAAAUUAUGGAGGAUCUCAUAGCAUUCAGUGGGAAUGAAGAGUAUUAUAGGAGAAUUGGUAGAGCUUGGAAGCGCGGGUAUCUCCUUUAUGGCCCUCCAGGGACUGGUAAGUCCACCAUGAUUGCAGCCAUGGCUAAUCUCUUGAAUUAUGACAUUUAUGAUCUGGAACUUACUGGGGUGGAGAACAACACUGAGUUGAAGAUGCUGUUGAUGGAGAUAUCAAGCAAGUCUAUCAUUGUGAUUGAAGACAUUGAUUGUUCCCUCGAUCUCACUGGUCAAAGGAAGAAAGCAGCAACAUACGAGGAUUCAGAGGAGGAGAAAGAUGAGAAAGAGAAGAAAGGAGGAAAAGAAAAGGGCACCAAAACCAGCAAGGUCACAUUAUCUGGGCUUCUGAAUUUCAUCGAUGGGCUGUGGUCGGCUUGCGGGGGAGAAAGAGUCAUAGUGUUCACAACUAAUCAUGUAGAGAAACUGGACCAAGCUUUGAUUCGGAAAGGACGGAUGGAUAAGCAUAUAGAGCUAUCCUACUGUACCUAUGAAGCAUUCAAAGUUCUGGCUAGGAAUUACCUGAAUGUGGAAUCACAUCAUCUGUUCCCAAAGAUUAGAGAGUUGUUGAGGGAAGUGGAUAUGACCCCAGCUGAUGUUGCUGAGCAUCUAACCACCAAAACUCUUAUGAAAGAUGCGGGAAUCUGCUUGGAGGGCUUGAUUUCAGCAAUUCAGAGGAAAACAGAAGCAAGGCUGAAGAAGAAAUUAUCAGCCAAAGGAGCCAAAUCAUCGAGGAAAAAUGAUCGGCCAAGGAAGGGUUUGAGUGACUAG